GAAGUGCUACAUGGCUGUGUUCAGCACGCAGCGCAUUCUUGACGAUUGCCACUCCGACCAUGACAUUGAGGUGGCCUUGGACAUCCCCGCCAUGAUCUGCAAUCUGAAGGACCAGGAUGCGCCUGAACUCUUUAAUGAGGUCAACUUUGUCUCCUUUAUGACUGUGAUGCCGGGCGACUUAGUGUACAUUCCGCCUGGGUCGCUGGUCCUGAGCAAGACUUGCGCAACGCCAAGCACGUUUCUCCGUGCGCAAAUGUUCAAUGCUUUGUGCCCUGCAAAUGUGGCAUUUGACUUCUGGCAGAAACUCAUGCAGCCAGACAGGGUUUCCUUUUUGGCGGAGUUGCUGAAGCUGCAGAAGCCUUGGUCUGCUGAUGAUGUCGGAUCUGGGCCACUGAACAAGGUCAAGACGGAGUCUGCGGCCGCGCAUGCAGCCAACGAUGACAGCAACGUGCCCGGGCCUCCUGCUGAUGCUGAUGUGGAGGCUGCUGAGGAGGUGGCCCCAAAGGAAGCGACCGAGCAGACCAAGCCGGAGUCCACACAGCCCACGCCAGAGCCAGCUCCAAAGCCUGCUGCUGCCGCUGCCGCCAAUCAGGAGCAGCCUAGCCAGCCUGAUCAGGCUCCUGGCGAGGCUGACGCCGCGAUGCUUAUACUGGAGGCUGCCGAGACCAAGCCUGCCCCAGAGGCCCCAGAGGCCUCAGAAAGGACUGCUUCCGCGCCAAUGCCCAUGGCGACAGAGGCUGCUGAGACCAAGUCUGCAGAGGAUGUUGCCCUGGAGUCAGAGAAGACUGCUUCCGCGGCGCUGCCCACGCCGGAACCUGCCCAGUUUGUGGAGGAGGCUGCCGAGACCAAGUCUGCCCCGGAGUCCGAGAAGACUGCUUGCGCGGCGGCUGAGACCAAGUCUGCAGAGGAGGUCGCCCCCGCCCCGGAGUCCGAGAAGACUGAUUCCGCGAUGCCCACACAGCCAGAAAAUGCUGAGACCAAGUCUGCAGAGGAGGUCGCCCCGGAGUCCGAGAAGACUGCUUCCGCGGCGAUGCCCACACCGCCAGAGGCUGCUGAGGAGGUUGCCCCGGAGUCCGAGAAGACUGCUUCCGCGGCAAUGCCCGCACCGGAGCCGGAGGCUGCCCAGUUUGCAGAGGAGGCUGCCCCGGAGUCGGAGGCUGCCAAGACCAAGUCUGCCCCGGAGUCAGAGAAGACAGCGUCCGCGGCGAUGCCCACACCGGAGGCUGCAGAGGAGUUUGCCCCGGCCCCAAGUGCCCCAGAGUCAGAGAAGGCAAUGGCCACGCCGCCGCCGGAGGCUGCCGAGACCAAGCCUGCUGCAAACCCAGAGGCUGCUUCCGCGAUGGAUAGUGAGGAUCUCGACAUGGCCCUGGGUGCGCUCAUGGAAGCCGAAGCAGCCACAGACUGCGGCGCGAAGGUGGCGCCAACGCUGGAGACGCGUGACGUGGACGUGGACAAGGCCAAGACCAAGUCCAAGGCGAAGGGGGCCAAGGCCAAGGACGGGCUUUUUGGGCCCAGCAGCAUGGCACAGAACAGAUUCUAA